AUGAAGCUGAAGAGGUUUUUGUUGAGAUAUUAUCCUCCUGGGAUAAUUUUAGAAUAUAUUCGAAGCAACGGAGAAUAGGAGACUAAAUCUAUAGAUUUGUUAAAUCUUAGCAAUGAGUAAUGAUUAAUAUAUAUGAAUAGCACUGAUGUAGAUUAAUUGGUUGAUGAAAUUGUGAUGGAGGAACCUAUCAUAUCAGAAAACAGAAAGCCAUAACUAGCAGCAUUAAUUCGCAGUAUAAACACAAUUAAUAUAGAACUAAUUGAGAAGAUAGAAUCAAAAAAGGAACAAUCAUUUGAGUUGUUUAAGACACUGAAAGCACAUAUGUUGCCAUUAACAAAUUGCGCAUUUAAUAAAAAUGGUGAUAAGUAUUGAUUCCACUAUGUAGAUUCAUUACAGGUAGUUAUGAUAGAACUUGUAAAGUAUGGGACACUUUCACAGGAGAAUAAUUAGUCUCCUUGGAAGGCCACAAAAAUGUGGUAUAUUGUAUUGCAUUCAAUAAUCCUUUUGGGUAUGUUACAAUCAUCAAUCAUUAUAGAGAUCGUGUAGUCACAGGUUCAUUUGAUAAAACUGCUAAAAUUUGGGAUGCUACUUCAGGAAAGUGUCUUUAAACUCUUGUAGGUCAUCAAUAUGAAAUUGUAUGCAUUUCAUUUGAUCCUCAUUCCCUACUUGUAGCUACAGGAUCAAUGGAUAAAACUGCAAGAUUAUGGGAUGUUGAAUCAGGCAAAUAAGUAGCCAGAUUAGAUGGACAUGAAGGUGAAAUUGUUAGUUUGCAUUUUAAUUCUGAUGGUGAUAAACUACUUACAGGUUCCUUUGAUAAAACUGCUAUGGUAAAUAUUCUUUAAUAAAUCUAGAUUUGGGAUGUAAGAUCAGGAGAAUGUAUUCAUAUUUUAGAUGAACAUACAGGUGAAAUCUCUAGUACUUAGUUUGAAUUUACAGGAGAUUACUGCGCUACUGGAUCUAUAGAUAAGUAAUCCUUUAUAUUUCAUAUUUAGAACUUGUAAAAUAUGGGAUAUUAAAACUGGAAAAUGUAUCGAAACACUUAGAGGACAUCAAGAUGAAGUUCAAGAUAUCUGCUUCAAUUCUACAGGUUUCUAUUAUUUAUUUAUUAUCCUAAGGAACUAGAUUAGUAACUGUCUCUGCUGAUGCAACUGGCAGACUCUACAAUGUCCAUUCUGGAUAAUGUAUUGCUUAACUCUUAGGACAUAAAGGAGAAAUCUCUAAAGUUGNUAUAAUUAAAUUUAAAUAUGAAGCUGAAGAGGUUUUUGUUGAGAUAUUAUCCUCCUGGGAUAAUUUUAGAAUAUAUUCGAAGCAACGGAGAAUAGGAGACUAAAUCUAUAGAUUUGUUAAAUCUUAGCAAUGAGUAAUGAUUAAUAUAUAUGAAUAGCACUGAUGUAGAUUAAUUGGUUGAUGAAAUUGUGAUGGAGGAACCUAUCAUAUCAGAAAACAGAAAGCCAUAACUAGCAGCAUUAAUUCGCAGUAUAAACACAAUUAAUAUAGAACUAAUUGAGAAGAUAGAAUCAAAAAAGGAACAAUCAUUUGAGUUGUUUAAGACACUGAAAGCACAUAUGUUGCCAUUAACAAAUUGCGCAUUUAAUAAAAAUGGUGAUAAGUAUUGAUUCCACUAUGUAGAUUCAUUACAGGUAGUUAUGAUAGAACUUGUAAAGUAUGGGACACUUUCACAGGAGAAUAAUUAGUCUCCUUGGAAGGCCACAAAAAUGUGGUAUAUUGUAUUGCAUUCAAUAAUCCUUUUGGGUAUGUUACAAUCAUCAAUCAUUAUAGAGAUCGUGUAGUCACAGGUUCAUUUGAUAAAACUGCUAAAAUUUGGGAUGCUACUUCAGGAAAGUGUCUUUAAACUCUUGUAGGUCAUCAAUAUGAAAUUGUAUGCAUUUCAUUUGAUCCUCAUUCCCUACUUGUAGCUACAGGAUCAAUGGAUAAAACUGCAAGAUUAUGGGAUGUUGAAUCAGGCAAAUAAGUAGCCAGAUUAGAUGGACAUGAAGGUGAAAUUGUUAGUUUGCAUUUUAAUUCUGAUGGUGAUAAACUACUUACAGGUUCCUUUGAUAAAACUGCUAUGGUAAAUAUUCUUUAAUAAAUCUAGAUUUGGGAUGUAAGAUCAGGAGAAUGUAUUCAUAUUUUAGAUGAACAUACAGGUGAAAUCUCUAGUACUUAGUUUGAAUUUACAGGAGAUUACUGCGCUACUGGAUCUAUAGAUAAGUAAUCCUUUAUAUUUCAUAUUUAGAACUUGUAAAAUAUGGGAUAUUAAAACUGGAAAAUGUAUCGAAACACUUAGAGGACAUCAAGAUGAAGUUCAAGAUAUCUGCUUCAAUUCUACAGGUUUCUAUUAUUUAUUUAUUAUCCUAAGGAACUAGAUUAGUAACUGUCUCUGCUGAUGCAACUGGCAGACUCUACAAUGUCCAUUCUGGAUAAUGUAUUGCUUAACUCUUAGGACAUAAAGGAGAAAUCUCUAAAGUUGCAUUUAAUCCAUCUGGAAAUAAAAUUAUCACUGCCAGUGCAGAUAAUACUUCUAGAAUUUUGUAAUCUUUAUAUUUAAUCCUAUCAGCUCAGAAACUGGAGAGUGUCUUCAAGUCUUAUAAGGUCAUACUGAUGAAAUAUUUAGUUGUGCAUUUAAUUAUGAAGGAGAUAUCAUUAUCACCGGAUCUAAAGAUAACACAUGCAAAAUUUGGAAAGAACUUAAUCUUUAGGUUAAAAAAUGACUCUUUCCAUAUAUCUAUAUAUAUUA